ACCCUUGAGAGCGUGUGACAAAAUUUUACAUUGCAUGUUAUGUCUAUCAUAUACAUCGUCUGUGCUUAUACGUAUCUUAAGCUGUGUUUUUAACUUUAUAAUUCUAACGACUAACGUUAGAUGGCUGUAACAAAAUUGAAAAGUAGAUACGCAUCAAUAUGAAUGUCUAAUUCGUGAGUGAAGUAGAAACAAACAUUUGGAGCAAUAAUUUACUCAUUUGAACGUUUAUUAUUAAUAUCUGAAAGAACAAUUAUUUAUUUCAAUCCUCUUAAAAAUAUUAUUAAGUGCAGUUACCUAAAACCUCAUACCUGUUUAAAAUAAUUAAAGGCAUUUUAUUUAAUCUGAACAAAAUUUGGUAUAUUAUUGUUUUACAUAUUGUGAUAGCAAUCAGAAUGUGAUAAAUGUAAUACUUGUGUUAUACAUAUGAACUAAAAAUAUAAGAUUAAAGACAUAUAAAUUUAAAAAUACGAAAUUUCUUAUAUUCACUUGUUUAUACUUACAAAAAAAGAGUUGAAAUGUAAAAUUUGACACUAUGCCUGGUGGAAGACGUAAUGCUGCUACUCGAAAUGGUCAAACUAAAUCUCAAAGUAGUUUUUCUGGAAAUACAAAUACAACUGCAAGAAGUAAUAGUGGUGAGAGGAUAGCUGGAUGUGGUAUAGACGAUAAAAGAUCAGAGGACUUCUGUGCAAUAAAAACAUUAGUACCAAAACAUGUACCAAUACCAGUGGUACCUAUUGAUGGUCAUUUAACAUUUGAAGCAUUAUCUUUGGUUGUAUCACUUGUUGCAGCUUCUUUACAGAUGCUUAAUUUGUAUAGAACUGUGUGGUGGUUACCUCAUUCAUAUAAUAAUUACAGUAUGAAUUUUUAUUUAAUAGAUCCUUACUUAAUCAUUUUCAUUAUCACUAUGAUGGCACGACAGUUUAUUUAUUCCUUAUUACGCCGGUUUAUUGAUGUGUCAGUGCCAGUUCGUUGGUUGCCGGCUGCUCAAAAUAUUAUGAGGAUAAUUCUUUUAAUUAUUGUGAUGACUGUAUUGUGCUGGUGUCUGUAUCACAUGGCAGAAAGACAUAAUUCUAUGAAAAUAUUUUACUUGUGUUACCCUUUAUCAGUGUAUUUUGUAAUGUUUGGUAUGAGUGCAACUCCUUUCUUUGAUGUAUCGACAGCACCUUUGUGCAACAAAGAUGACAAAAAGACAAAAUACUUGCUAGAUAAGCCAUUACAUAAUUGCUCGUUAAAUGCAUCUGCAAUCAGGGCAGAAGUUUCUACUUUGAGAUCUGAUUUUAAUCGUCGUUUAAAACGAGCUUUGUUUGCAUCUUCUAGUAGUGCUUACAUAUGUGGUAUUGCGCCUAUUAUAUUUGUACCUCAGUAUUUGCAUUUCAAUGUUUCAUGGGUUGUGCAACAUGUUAUUAUGUUUUGGAUUGGAAAAAUAAAUGCUCAUUUUUCACAAGCUUAUCCAGUUAGGUACUGUGAUGUGUUACACAGAGCAGCAUUACAUUUAGGACGGUGGGUUAAAAUCGAAAACCGCAACAAUCAUAUUUAUGCACAAGCAUGGAACGAUUCAGUUUUAUGGCCUCAUGGUUCAGUAGUAAGGCAUAAUAAAGAAACUUACCGUUCUGAAGGUGUAUGUACAGUAGCAGAACCUGGAAAUUCAAACCACUACAGAUUUUAUGCUUUGUUCAGUAAUCCCACAAUGCUACUUUGUUCAUUAUUGGGACUACAAUUUUUACUUGUGGGUACACAACUGUUCAUUUUACUAAGUACUACCGAUUGGUAUCAAGUGUUAUCGAUAACAUUGCUCCUCCUCAUUAACUACUAUCCCUUAUUUAAAAUAACUAGAGACUAUCUUAUUUGUUGGAAAGUAUAUCAUGCUGAGCAAAUUAUACAAGAAAAGUCACAAUUGUGUUCAAAUCCAGUUAUUCAAUAAACAAAUAAAAAAUUUAAACAUGUUACUAUUAUGUUUACCUUUCAUUAUCAUUAAUAUUAUCCUAUCA